ACUUAUCGACUUAUCGAUAAUACUUGCCAUUUACAUUUACACAUGCAAGUCGCAACUAAGCAUUCUACACAGCAAAGCUGGGUAUUCCAGAAAGAUACCUACGAUGGCGUUUUCUUCGCGCACGCUACCUGGCCAUAUACGCCAAGCCUCUACCUCGAGCAAUCCCAGUGCUCAGUCUGCAGGUCAGUCAAGCGCACUUCUCGCCCGAGUCAAUGAGAAGAAGGCGGAGCUUGAGAAUCUAAAGGAGCUGCGGGAACUUAGCGCAGCUGUAGCAAAUCAGAUGGAAGCUCUCGAACAAAAACUUGCCACUCUAUCGGAUGGGACAGAAGCGAUUGCGAUGGUAUUAGGAAACUGGCAUAAUGUUCUACGAGCUAUCAACAUGGCGUCAGCCAAAAUACCGAGUCCACGAAACGCAGAGGAAACUGCAUCCAAAGACCAGGAGCCUUUACCUCUACCGCAGACUCUAGUGCGAAUACCGACGGAACAUGCACCGGCGUUGCAAGCCCAGACUGAAGCGAUCAUGGAGAGCGAACAUAACUCAUCCUCAAUCUCAUAAGGUCAAAUAGCCAAAGAGAUUAACUCGCCCCGCUAGACAAUAGGUACACAUUUUCAGACACCUAAGAUGCCGUCAGGAGCAAACACACCUACCAUACUAUUCAUAUAGAACUUGCUAUUAGGUAUCCGGCGUAGUCAUUUAAUGGUCUCUGACUGGAGCACUUACAUAUAUAUCCCGCAUUCUAUGUGGUCUGUUUUUAUAGGGCCAACAGUUGCAGGAGUUGGGUUUAGUUGAGAAUGUUUAAACGGCUAUGGCUCCGGUGCAGUAGUCUAGGUAUAAUGCAAGCUCCUGCAGGGAAUCCCCACGGAGGGAAGUGGGGGAAAGUUCGCGUGCGGAUCCGCGUCAGAUCGCGUUUCUUAAUAAGCCACUAUUUAGGAAAAAGCAUCUAACGUACCUAAGGUAGUUACACCUUGAUGAAAGUCAAUAGCACUAGCUCAUGUU